GGAGAGGGAGAGGGAGAGGGAAGGGGGAGAGAGAGAGAGAGAGAGAGAGAGAGGGUGGUUGUUAGGGAGAUUACAAUGCAAAGCGUUCUCACUGUGAUUUAGGGUUUUGGAAGGAUUCAAAUCUUUAUGGCACUCCGCAAUCAGGAAGCUUCAGGUUAUUGAUAGACGUGGGAUUUUUUAGACUGGUUUUUUUUUUUCACUUUGAACUCCAUAUAACAUAAAAGGGAGUUUAAUCAGUGGAUCCAUUUGGGAAAGCAACAUAUUCUAGAUAUUACUGAAGGCAAUUCAGGUGAAAAUGUUGAUACAGAGUUCUCUUCCUAGUUCAAUUGAAGCUCCUCUAUCUUUUUUAUCUGAGCAUGGGAAACAGGAUUUUUUAUGUGAUUGGAUGCCUGCUGCUGAAACUUGGCAGAUGUAUUCAAAAUGUGAUAAACAUCCUCAGGGUGGAUGCAGAAAAGCUGUUCCAAUUACAGAGGGAAGAAAGAAUGAUGAUGAUUCCUGCUCCUUAAAUUUUCCACAAAGUUGUUCCCAGUUAUCAACUAUCAGUGUCAUGUCUGAAGGUUCUGUACCUAAUUUUGUAUAUCAGCGAAGGAAGCUCCGAAGGAAGCACGCCACCAUUUUUUCAGCCCAGGCAUCAGCAGACACAAAGGCAAGUGCUGGUUGCCUUUCUGCUGUCAGUUCUGAAGCCCCUUCAGUGGCAGCCAAGGAUGAAAAUGGAGUUCCUCAAGUUGGGCUCGAAACUGAAACUGUUAGAGAUCUUGUUAUACUUCCAGUUGAAUGUAAUAGAGAGCCCAAGGCACAAUCUAUUGAUAGAUGUUCUGUUAGGGAAGAGCAUGGUUCUGAUGAUGCACCUAAAAAUAGCAUGAGCAAAGUUAACGAGUUCUACAGUGCAAAUGAUAGUUGCUCAUCAUCGAAAUCAAAUAUGGAACUUGGUUCAGCUUCCAUGAAGAAUGACGUGGAUGACACUGCUGAGUGCUCCUCUUCUAGUGUAUUGGGUAUGGCAACCAUGGGAGAAGAUAUAUCAGAAAAGGACCUAUGUAUAUCUGUCCUUAGAAGCGAGGGGCUUCUUAGAGGAUGUUUGCCUAGCAGGAGUUGUCCUACUGAUGGUGUUAGUUAUGGUAGUGAUAGCAGGGGUUCCCGGACAUGCAAAGUCUGUGGCAAAUCAGAAAUUUCACUGAAAAUUCUAAUUUGUGAUCAUUGUGAAGAGGCAUUUCACAUGUUUUGUUGUAACCCUUCUAUAAAGAAGAUACCAGUUGAUGAGUGGUUUUGUCACUCUUGUUUGAAAAAGACUCGUAAAAUGUUAAAGGAGACAACUAUCAGAAGAUCUCUGAAUAUUAAUGGUGAAACGAGCAGAAGUAGAAAUACAACAUGCAAAGGUGAAUUAGGUCCUAUAGCAUUCAUGUUGAAGGAUACUGGGCCAUAUACAACCGGAGUUCGAAUUGGGAAAGGAUUUCAAGCUGAAGUUGCUGACUGGUCAAGUCCAACUGCUAGUGAUGUUGAUUUUCUUGGUGAACCAUUGGACAUGGAUCCUUCAGGGUGCGUUAAUUUGCAUGGACAGAAUGCUAACCAGCCUUCAAGACUAAGCUCUAUAGGUAAUUGGCUUCAAUGUCGAGAGGUCAUAGAUGGCUUAGGAGAAGGUGUCAAUGGAAUCAUCUGUGGGAAGUGGCGCAGGGCACCUCUUUUUGAAGUUCAAACUGAUGACUGGAGUUGUUUCUGUUGUGUACGUUGGGAUCCAGCUCAUUCUGAUUGUGCUGUACCUCAGGAGCUGGAAACAGAUGAAGUUCUAAGGCAAUUGAAGUAUAUGGAGAUGCUGAGGCCUCGAUUGGUUGCUAAACGGAGAAAAAAAUUAGGUCGCACUAAGAGUGGAGGUUCACAAAACCAUAAAGAAGAUGAAAGAAAUACACAAACUCGAUAGUAUGGUGAGGGGGGCAGAUAAUUUUGUUAACUGCCCACACAAUUUUCUCUCAUGUAUGCAUUAAGUCAUACAAGUCAAAGGGUUGAAUUUAUUGAGUUGGACAUCCUCCAUUACAGUUGAGUGGUAUUUACAGAUGGGUGGAUCAUCAAAUCCUUUUUAUUUGUUGAAAUCAUUCAGCCCUAGUAUCUAAGCUUGUUUGGGCUCUGUAUAUCCGGUUUUAUAUUGGGUAAUUUUGAGUUUGAUUUCCUGCAACUUCUUUUAUCCUUGCUGUUGAUUAAUAAGUAAUUAGCAUUUGCUUUGAAA